AUGCGCUUUCACUACCUUUUGUUGUCAUUGGCUGGAGCCGUCGUCGGAAGUGCUCAAGCGAAGUCUGAGGAAACAGUCUCGGUCCCGAGCACAACACGUUCUGCAGAGCCUCUUACUACGUCUGUUACGAGAUCGCUGCGGAUUAAUGCACACGAAGACGAUAAAGAGAGGGUUUCUACUGCCAGUGUGCACGAAGAGUACGAAGAGAGCAGCGCUGACGCCACUGUAAACGAAGACGACGAAGAACGGAACCUCUCUAACUUUGCGGAGGCCUUUUCUAAGAUCAACCCUUUUAAGAGAGGUGUCACGGAUGAUUUUUUGAUAAAGCUGGUGAAGAAGGAGAAAUCUUCGGAGGCCAUCAUGAAAGCAAUCAGGCUGGACAAAGCUGGAGACAAGCUAUUUGAAGACUCAAAUUUUAAAAAUCUUGUAAGAUACGCGAAACAUGCGUCUCCACAACACCCUGAAAAAGCGAUGAUCAAGGUGUUAAUGGACUGGUAUCGUCUUCAUCCUGAUAUGCUGUACAGGAUCCUAGAAGCUGAAAAGACAGGUAAGUAUAAGGAAACUGCCACAGAACUUCAGCAGCUACUAGUUAAAGGUUGGAUGAAAAGUAACGUCGAGCCGGGCAAGAUUCUCGAAUACAUGGACACUUUCGGCAACGUGGAUCGCAUGGUUGCCAACCCUUUUUUUUGGCCUGGAGCACUUGAAGCGUCACUAAUAGUUCCCGAAAGGAAGGAUGUAGCCGCGAGGUUGCAGGAAGCGCUGAUACAUAGCUGGGAUAGAGCGAAUAGUGACCCAAGCAAAGUAUUGGAAUUCAUGGGGAUUCACAACAGUCUGAAAAAUUUUAUUUUGAGCCCUCUUCGCAAAAAGUUUGAGCUAUAUUUGGAACGUUACAACGCUGGUAUCGCAGAUCAUGACAAGACAGAGAUGAUCGAUGUGCUAUUGAUGAACUACACUCCAUCUGAGCUAAACCGAUGGCUUCAGGUAAGCCUGACUAACCCUGAUGAAAAGGAAAUGGCCACGAAAUUGCAGAAGCAGCAAUUUCAGGAGUGGGAAUACAGCUUGCUCGAUGCAGACGAUGUUUUCAGAGUAUUAGACCUUCACAACACAGAAAACGAAUUUGAUAGCCUAUCUGACGCAGGUCUACAGGUUUGGAUCAAGUAUAUUAAGUAUAAGACAGCCAAAAUGAUGUCUGGUAAAGCGGUGGACCCGGGGAAGAGUUUUGAUGCGGCGGUGGAGGACGCGAUGGUUAAGGCUGCAGUAUCAGUAAUGCUGCAUGAGCUUGACAUGAUCCGCGUGCAUAAGAUGCUGACUGAGGCAGCUGUUAAAUCUAAUAAACAUUACGAAAUGGCUGUUAAGAUGAAGAAGGAGUUUUUUGAAUUGUGGGGUCAAAACCAUGAUGCAGAGCCGCAUGAGGUGGGUAAAAUUUUGAAAGACUCAGGAUUCUCAAAGAAGGAACAAAGCGAAUAUUAUUUAAAGUACUUAAAUAAUAAUAAUAAAUACAAAGCUGAUCGAUGGGAGGCGCGAAGGGAGGCGCGCGAGGAAGGCGACAAGGAGAAGACAAUAUCGGAGGAUUUGUCUAAUGAGCCGAACGUUGGCGACAAGAAGAAGAAAAUAUCGGAUCCGAGAAAAGUGGAUUUGUCUAAUGAGUUGAACGUUGGAGACAAUGGGGAGACCACAAAAAUUGACGAGAUUCUGAAAAAGAGGAAGGAUACCCAAUUGGACGAGCAGCUGAAACAAAAGUUGGACGCGAGGAAGCAGCAGAAGCUGGAAGCAAAGGCGUUAGCGAUAGAGAAACGGAAUCCCACACUUGGGGAAUUAUUUGAGAGAAACCGUCACAUAGAUGCAACCUAA